AUGCCCCCGCCCUCUGCCUCUGCCGGCGCCCCUGGCUACGAUGGGGGUGCUCCAGGCCAGCCCCAGCAGCACAUGCCUCCGCCGCCGCUGGCGCCCGUCAUCAUCCCCCAGAACACGAACCCCAUCCCGACGGCCAUCAGCUCGCCCAUGAGCGCCGGUGUCAUGUCUCCCACCAGCGGGGGCGCUGGCUACGUUCCCCGCCGCGCGGCUCCCGAGCCGAACAAGAGAGCAUUGUAUGUCGGAGGGUUGGACCCUCGCGUGACUGAGGAUGUGCUGCGUCAGAUCUUCGAGACGACGGGUCACGUCCAGAGCGUGAAAAUUAUUCCAGACAAGAACGUUAGUGCUGUCGAGACUAAUAUGGGCGUGCAGUUCAGUCAAAAAGGCUUCAACUACGGCUUUGUGGAAUUUGACGACCCUGGCGCUGCCGAACGCGCAAUGCAGACCCUCAACGGCCGCCGCGUGCACAACAAUGAAAUUCGCGUCAAUUGGGCGUACCAGUCCAACAACACGGCCAAGGAAGACACCUCGAACCACUUCCACAUCUUCGUAGGCGAUUUGUCCAACGAGGUCAACGAUGAGGUUCUUCUCCAAGCCUUCUCGACCUUCGGCCCUGUCUCUGAGGCACGUGUCAUGUGGGACAUGAAGACGGGAAGGUCGCGCGGAUACGGUUUCGUCGCUUUCCGCGACCGCGCUGACGCUGAGAGAGCGCUCAGCUCAAUGGAUGGCGAGUGGCUCGGUUCUCGCGCGAUCCGCUGCAACUGGGCGAACCAGAAGGGUCAGCCUUCCAUCUCCCAGCAGCAGGCCAUGGCGUCCAUGGGAAUGACGCCGACCACUCCCUUCGGACACCACCACUUCCCCACGCACGGCGUGCAGAGCUAUGACAUGGUCGUUCAGCAAACCCCGCAGUGGCAGACUACUUGCUACGUUGGCAACCUCACUCCUUACACCUCUCAGUCCGACCUCGUCCCCCUGUUCCAGAACUUCGGUUAUGUGACCGAGACCCGUUUCCAGUCCGACCGUGGCUUUGCUUUCAUCAAGAUGGACACUCAUGAGAACGCCGCCAUGGCCAUUUGUCAGCUGAAUGGCUACAACGUCAACGGUCGACCUCUCAAGUGCAGCUGGGGUAAGGACCGUCCGCCGACUGGCCAAUUUGAUGGCUACUCCCCUCAGGCGGGUCCCAACUCGGCUUAUCCGCAGACUCCAAGCCAGUACUUCCCGCAGUAUGGCGCGGGACCAGGGGGUCCUAUGUCACCCCAAGGUCCAAGCCCCGGCGGACAGCCCUUUGCCCAGACCCAAGCUGGCUUCGGCGGACCCGGCAUGGCACAACCUUACCAGCAGAUGCCCGGUAGCGCCGGCGGCUACAAUGCUGGUCGCGGCGGCCAACCCCAGCAGCAAUGGGGCCAGCAGCCGCAGGGUAACUUUAACCAGAACGGCUUCGGCGGCUACCAGGGCUGA